AAAACUCAGAAGUUAGGUUAUGUCUAAUUUUUUUUUAUUAGAUUAGACAAUUAUUUUAAAAAAUUCAUAAUUAUUAGUAAAAAUUGGAAAAAUGUGGGCCGAUACAUUGCUUAUUGUGUUUAUAUCCAUUUGUACAGCUUUUAUGGGUGAAGGUCUCACUUGGUUAUUAGUAUAUAAAACAGAAAGAUAUAAAAAACUAAAAGCAGAAGUAGAACGGCAGUGUAAGAAACUUGAAAAAAAGAAGGAGAUCCAUGGAGACACUCUGGACCGGCAACAGAAAAAAAAGAUUGAAAGGGAAGAAGAUAAACUAAAGCACAACAACAGGGAUCUAUCCUUUGUUAAAAUGAAAUCAAUGUUCGCCAUUGGUUUUGCAUUCACUGCUUUAUUAAGCAUGUUUAACAACAUUUUUGAUGGAAGAGUGGUUGCUAAACUCCCAUUCUUGCCUUUAACCUGGAUUCAAGGGCUGAGCCACAGAAACUUGCCUGGUGAUAACUAUUAUGAGUGUUCAUUUAUAUUUUUGUAUAUUUUAUGCACCAUGUCCAUAAGACAAAAUAUUCAGAAAUUGCUUGGGUUUGCCCCAUCGAGGGCGGCUUCUAAGCAAGGAAGCAGCAUUUUCGGACCAACUCCAGGACAAUUUAAAUAAAUGUGUGUAGUGAAUUGAUUAGAACAAUAAAAAUUAACGUUUUUUUUAA